GGUUUGCAAACCGCCAUAAAACGGAAAAGGUGAAGAAGAAUAUGUGCAAGUGAGGUCGCUGAACAUGUGGACAUGUUACAAAGCUCGUAAUUUUAAGGUACAUGGGGAAUUACUUAUCUAACCAGCAACAAUGAAGCCUCCAUCUCGUCGCCGAAUUGAACCAUCACGCUUUCGACUAAAGGCUACUGAACCAAAACAGACUGUGAGCGUCAGAUCUUUCUGCAAAGGAUGGAAUCGCAAAGAUCAACAGAACUUUUUGCAAGGUUUGAAGCAGCAGCAGAAUUUUGAAUCCGAACUAGAUUUGACUGAGCUUCAAAAAAGAGUGCCCCAACAUUCUCUCCAAGAGAUUGAGCACUUGAUAAAAUCAUUGAAGUCCCGUGUGGUGCAGAGGGUGUUUCUACAGGUCCAGAAUCAGAGGAGAGAGGAGCGCAGGGCUAAAGUUCCAAUUGAAUCCUGGGCAGAGCUGGUACAGAACAUCUCAGGGUCCCAUGAAAAGACAAUUUUGUCUGCCUUUUCCCAGAUGCUAGAGAUUGCUGCCACAGAGCCCUGCAGCCUGUUGCACUCGGAUCCUCCACACUCUAUCACUAUCCAAACGCCUGCUUACUCCAGUGUUCACCCUAUUCUCAUCAGGCCAAAGCCUAAUGCACAACCUUGGUCUUCCCUCCUGUCUACCGGUCCUGAAGUCACAGUCUUGCCUAGUCAGACCCCUAAAACUUCCUCACAGCCUUCCGGUUCAGGCAUAAGCCCAAAUAUCAGUUCUUCAACUACCAUAGUAGACUAUUCUGACACUAGUUUCAAUGCUGUUGAUCAUACUAUCAAAUUCCAGCUUGAUAAUGCAUCAAGCAGUUCACUUUUAGAGACUAACGCAUCUAAAACACCCAUACCAAAAUCCUCACAUUUGACAAAAAGCCCAAGUCAGCUGGAGUCUGAGCAAAAGCUAACAGAAUCCAGUCUGGUUUCCACUGGUCCAGUAUCACCAUCAGCUUCCUUACCAUCAAAAAAGCACAGUCCAGCUCAGUUGGAACUGUCAGAUCAAGAUUGUCUACACAGACCGAGAGUGCUGAAGUGUAUUGUCAAUUUUGACAAGAUUUAUCGAUUUAUAAGUGACAUUGACUAUAAAACAUGCAAUUCAGCCCUUACUUCAAUGGAGAGUGCCGUGCUUUUGGAUAUGCUGAUGUGUUUGCCUGAGGAGCUCCCCUUAUUGGACUGCAAGGAACUUCAACAUCACCUGCUUCAGUUACACACACAACUCUCCAAACCUGCGAUAAUGCCAUCCUCCUCUUCCAGCACUAACAAGACAUGCUUCUCUCAUGCUAAUAUAGUAGAUUCUACUGCAUUAACAAAGCAACAUAGGACAGCUUCUGGAUCCUGUUGUCCCUCUGAAGAUCUUUCCAGUCAGUCAUCUUUCACAGAAAAAGCAAUAGACAAAGACUGGGCUACUGCUGGCAUCUGUCCUCUAAAUCCUUUGUUGGUUCCAGUCACCUUGCUGAAAAGACAGUCCCUGGAUUCUAAGAAAUUAUGUGCUUAGCCAGGCUCAUUCAGUUUUGUACCAUUGAGCCUAAUCAAUUCUCUUCGUGCCUUGUAUGUUUUGCUUUGCUGUUCACUACAUGGGCAACUGUUCUUUUUGUGUUGUUCUGAAUGUGUGUGCAUAAAAGAUGCAGGUUUCACUGUACUUGAAAUGACAUUCAAGAACUUUUCCAUUAAAAUCACUUUAUUAUUACAAAUUACAGUGCGUUACAAUAAAAUAGUAAAGACAGUGAAGUUCAACAUUAAAUAACUUUAAAAAAAAAAAA